GUCAACUAUGGAACAAAGGUAAUUCGUCAUAAGAUACUGUACAGGUUAACUUCUUUGUAAAGACCUUUUUUCUCUUUCAUUUGCUUUUGGUAUGAAGGUGUAGUUGGAUGCAGGCUCUGGCAAAAUUAAUUGCAGUCUGUGGUCCUUAUAAUCGGAUGACUGCUGGAGCCUACAGUCUUUUAGCUGUUGUUCUCUACCAUACUGGUGACCUUAAUUAGGUAGCUUUCAGAUAUUUGUGUCACUGAAGGCCAUGGUUCUUAUGAUAUGGACUUAUGGAGUAUCUUACGAUCUGUUAUGUGCCAUGGUUCUCUCUUUUCUGAUAUCUUAAAAGGAACCUUGUUAAAUGGUCUAUUUGAGUAAAAUUGAGCAGAUCAAUUAUGUUUUUACCAAUCCAAUGUCAAAAAUACACCAUUAUGGACAAUUUAAAUUUGCCAAGUCCAACGAUCUGAAAUUUGGAGAAUUGUAAUGUAAAGUUUGUGUCAUGGGUGAUUAUGUUCCGAGUGAUUGAAACCGUUUUUUGUAAUUCAUAUUUCAUAAUAUUGACAUGUAAUUCUGUUGGAAAUUUAGUUGGUAGCUAAUUUAUGCCUUGAAUAAGUGCAUGCAGGACCAUUAGUGGGUCAUGAGGUUGAAACAGAUCAAAGAGCGAUAAACCACAGUUCAAUAUUUUAAUACAGCAUUUGUGUUCCUGACUUGUGUCCUCUUUUAGUAGAUCAAUGUCUAAUUCUAAUUGGAUUUAUCUGUUUUUUAAUGGCUUUUGCAAAGAUCUGAAUCGAGUUAAACCAUGAAACAGUAUUCUACCACUAUGGUUUCUUACGCUAAGAUGAAUAUUAUAAUAUGCUAUAUGGUGUUUUUUACUAUUUAAAAUUUUAUAUAUCACUUCAAUUAUUAGGGAUGACUUUUAGGAACUUUCUGUUAUAAAUUUUGAACCUGUGCUCCUGUCUUUGGCUGGGAUUAUACUAAAUUAUUGCAACUUUUAGGCCACAACUUAUCAGCAGAAGGCAUUGGACAUAAAUGAGAGGGAGCUUGGAUUGGAUCAUCCAGAUACAAUGAAGAGCUACGGCGACCUAGCUGUUUUUUACUACAGGCUUCAACAUACUGAAUUGGCUCUAAAGUAUGUGAAACGUGCGUUGUAUCUUGUGCAUCUUACUUGUGGACCAUCUCAUCCAAACACAGCUGCUACAUAUAUUAAUGUGGCUAUGAUGGAGGAAGGCCUGGGAAAUAUACAUGUGGCACUUAGAUAUCUUCAUAAAGCUUUGAAAUGCAAUCAGAAGUUGCUUGGUCCUGACCACAUUCAGACCGCAGCAAGUUACCAUGCGAUAGCUAUUGCACUAUCCUUGAUGGAAGCAUAUCCUUUGAGUGUUCAACAUGAGCAAACAACAUUACAAAUACUUAGAGCAAAGCUUGGUCCAGAUGACUUGCGUACUCAGGAUGCUGCUGCCUGGCUUGAGUACUUUGAGUCAAAGGCUAUUGAGCAGCAAGAAGCUGCUCGAAAUGGUACGCGGAAGCCUGAUGCAUCUAUUGCCAGCAAAGGCCACCUGAGAUGUGCCAACUGAAUUUUCUACUUCCACUAAAAUGAUGAAUAUCCUAUGCCUGAUCUCCUUGAUUUCAUUGAUUCCAACCAAGAUGGUAGAGGAAGAGAUGCUGAAUCCCUGAAGAGGAAGAAUCUGGGUUUAAUGGUAUGUUGAUAAGCCUUUAUCUUGUUUAAAUACUUCUGAGAAUCUAAUUGUGUAUUUAUGUUUGGUCAUGUUGGCUUACAUGUUUAAUAUAUCCGCUUGCUACCUGAAUGAUUUUUUAAGUGGUAGAUCGAAUAAAUGUCAAAGACAACAUUUAUAGAGCCAAUAAUUUCAUGCUAACUUUGGUGGUGAAUUAGGUCUUAGGUAGUAUAUAGUUUAACAGAAUAACCUAAUUUAUAGCAAAUAUCAAGUUAGUCACUUGAAAUAAUUCAACUUGUACUUAAUUUUUGCAUCUAAAUUAGUGGUAAACUGAAUAAAUUUUGAACUUAACACUCAUAGAGCCAAUUGUUUCAUGUAAAUAUUGGCAAUAAAUCAGGUCUAACAUAAUAUAGUGAGCAAACUAUGCUAAUUUAUAACAAGCAACUAACAAGUUACUCACUUAAAAUUUUUCAAAUUGUACUUAGUUUUUACAGCUCUUGCUGCCUGCUACCAAUCACUUGAUUAUAGGCAUGCAUUUAUUUUACCUUGUCUGCCCUGCUUCUGGUUCAAGAAGAUACUGCCUUAUUGCUAUAUAACCUGUCCAAGUAUUUGAAAGAGAGUCCAACUGAACCUAGAAAACAGAAGUAGAUCCUCACUCUUAAUUGUUGUGCAUGUGGAUAAUCAAAAUACUCAAGCUUUAUGUAUCAGUACUAGAAAAAUAUUUUUUGAGAAACAUGUCCUACAUCCAGCUAGUCUUCAAAAUCAUGAUGUUAAAUGAGAAUUCGCUGCAAAGGCCAUACUGUUUUUGCAUAACAGUGUCCUUUAGGUAUUUUUUAUUGGUUAUGAACAAUAUUUUCAUAGUUUCAGAAUUCUUUUAGUGUUUGAUACUUAAUUGCAACACAAACCAACUUAUAUUAACUAGAUGCUUGUGCACUCUUUAAUUAAAAUCAAAAUGUAUUCCAGAUUAUUUAUAGUAUUUAAAAAUAUAUAUUUUUGUGUUACUGGGCAGUUUUUCUCUCUGUACUAAGAUGCUAAUGUAGUUGCUGAAAGAAAUUGAUGAUGAAUCAGACACUUAACCUAUAAAUGGAGCCAAUAAAAAGUAUUGAACACCAACCCAUUAACUUCUAUGAAUGGAGGGCGGUGUUCUAAUACCAAUAAUAAACAACACCCAACACUUUCGACGAAUACUACGAUGCCAGUAUUCUCAAGCUCAUGAACAAAUAGGCACCUGGAAGAACAGAGGGGCUCCACGAAUUCACACGAGCAGCGUUCGUUCCGCCGAUAGAAAAGAGGCUUUGCUCUUCCUUUUUGGCCCGUCUACUGAGACAAAGAAGCGAAGGUCGCCAUUGGAGAUAAGAGAGACAGAGGAGGAGGCGAUUAGAAACGGAAGCAAUGGGAGGAUAGCGAGAGGAGGAGAGAGGAGCAGCGAGUGGGCUAUGAUAAGGGACGAAGGGCUGAGAUCUAACCAUCACAAAGGCCGUUGGCAGCUUAUGACCGCGUCCCCUGCCCCGAAACCAGUCAUCGCUUUUUCAGUCUCGUAUUCACGUAUUCUCCCCACUCGUGUCUCUCAUGCCUGACUAUAUCACCGCAGGCGUCAUUGUCACCGCAGUGACGGGUCCCACGUUCUCGAGGCAGGCGGGUACGCGAUCGGAAAACUCCUGCUCUGAUCUGUAUCGCCCCAUGUCUACGUAGAAAUACGUAUUUCGAAAAUUUCCCCGGACCCCAUCGUGGCCCUUGGAUCGAUGAUGGAGGGUGAGGAUGCGCCCACCCAAUACGGGUCGGACGACGGGGAACGGAGCAGUAGCUCCGGACCUGUUUGGUCCAUUAAUGGUUUUGGGUUGUGGGAGGAGCACCCUUUUUGGGCUGCUCCCGAUGCUUGGGGGCUUAAGAGCUACAAGUCGGAUCCGGGUCUGCUAAGACACCACACUAUUGUUGGCCUGCGGCAGCUUGUUGUCACGAACGGUCGUCGCGCACCCGCAACAACUCCGUUCAACGAACCGUUCGUCGCUCACACCCGCAUGUACAGCUGCUCGACAGCAUGUUUCCUCAUGGUUUUGGGUCAUUUUGCUUGUAAAUAUGUAAGUUCGAACAAGCUGCAGCGUUGCAAAGCGACCGCUCACCGAACCGAGCAAAACAGCCCCAAAACAGCCCAAAACGGCUCCGUUUUCGCGUGCCGCGGGAGGUGAGCGGAGUGCUGCCUCCGCUCACCAAAAUGUCAGCCAUCUCAGCACCCAGGAACCCCCCGGGUGGCACAUGGCUGGAUGGGGCUUCGGUUAUAUACCGGGCGUUGAACACUCUUUCGCAAGUUCGCACGUGACCUUUACGGGAACUUGGUUUUGCGCCAGGGACCAGGUGAGCGGCUGUUUGUGGGCUUGCAGCUGUUCGUUCAUCCUUGAAAGCCUUGUUUUUCUCCCUCUCCCUAUUUUCUCUUGUGCACACAGGGUGUUCGUCGAAUUGCUUGUAAAGCUUUCCUUUUCGCGAGAC